AUGGGAAACUGCUUCUCCACUUCCUCCACAUCCACCGCCGAGAUCUCUCCCCUCGACCUCGCCGUCAAACCUCCUCCCCCCGCCGCACAAACUCUCCCUCCACCUCCUCGCCUCCUCCCACUCACUCCAGCGUCAGCAACAUCCGUCGAAACAACAGCAACAGCAACAGCAACGUCCAACGUCACAGUGAAACUCUCCGGACCUUCAAACAGUCUAACAACUUCAUACCUCCGCUUCGCACUCCUCCACAAGAAACUAAACCUCCGCUUCAUCCCUUCUUCCCCAGACGAAAAACCGACGAUCCAAAUCGGAUCGGAGAAGACGUCGGGAUCUAAGGACGUUCUCCUCCGUUACGUAGAGGAGAAGUUCCCGGAGCCGAGGCUGAUGAUAUGGAAGUUUAACUUGGAAGGCUUCGACGAAGGGACUCCGUUGAUAGUUAAAACGAUUUGGCUUCAGCAUAGGAGUGUGACGUGGCACGUGGAGAGGAUGUUGAGGUGGGCGGAGGAUCUGGCGGCACGUGGAGGGAGGAGAGCUGUUGAUAGGUCUGUGGGGACGCCGAAGAUGGAGAUUAGGAAGUUUGUUAGGAGUUAUGGGCAGUUACAGGAGGUGUUGCUUGAGCAUGCUCAGAUGGAAGAGAGGAUUCUUUUUCCUGUUCUUGAAUCUGUUGAUCGAGGGAUGUGUAAGAGUGCAAGCGAAGAACAUGGGAGAGAGUUACCGUUGAUGAAUGGGAUUAAAGAAUAUAUUAAAUCGAUUAGUGUGAUGGACUCUGGGAUAUGUUCUGAGGAGCUCUUUAGUCUUGCUUCUCGUUUCAGAUCAUUACAGAUGAUGUGUAAAUCACAUUUUGAAGAGGAAGAGAAAGAGUUGCUGCCAAUGGUGGAAGCUGCAGAGAUGGGGAAAGAGAAGCAGAAGAAGUUGUUGAAUCAGAGCUUGGAAGUUAUGAGAGGGACUCAUACUAACGGCUUUGAUUUUCUACUCCAGGGUCUUACUCCUCAAGAAGCUAUGCAGUAUCUGGACUUGCUCAUGAACUUUGGUGAUCCAGAUCUCAUCUCAUCUUUCACGAGCCAACGAGAGAUUGUUGAUUGAUAUUGUCUUUUGUGAAAAACUCUUGUCGUCUUCUGUGAAGUGGAUUUGGUGUAAAUAGAGUGCAGAUUGUCAAUCAGGCUGCUUUGUUUUUUUAUAGGUAAAACAAAAUAUGUUAUGUAACUUAUAAGAGAUUUACACAAAGGUUGAAAACUAGAGGCUUGAUCGGUUUUGAGAGAUUUGUCAGUUACUCAAGAGUUUUGCG